AUGGUCAACGAUAAGAAGUCAGUUGCAAAGGACGCCGCCAAUCCCAAGCGCUCCAAGGAGUCCAGGCUUAAUUUUAUUGAGGAGUUCAUGAUCGGUGGCAUUGCUGCUGGAAUUUCUAAGACGACUGCGGCGCCAAUUGAGCGUGUAAAGCUACUUGUACAAAACCAGGGUGAGAUGCUCAAACAAGGAGUACUUGAUCGCCCAUAUAAGGGUGUAUGCGACUGCCUAUUUCGUACUGUAAAGACAGAGGGCGUAUACUCUCUGUGGCGUGGCAACUGGUCCAAUGUGCUCCGUUAUUUUCCAACGCAAGCAUUGAACUUCGCGUUCAAGGAUGAAUUUAAACGAAUGUUCAACUAUAAAAAGGAAAGAGAUGGUUAUAGUAAAUGGUUCAUGGGUAACAUGGCCUCUGGUGGGCUUGCUGGUGCAACAUCACUUUGUUUCGUGUAUUCACUGGACUAUGUACGAACGCGUUUGGCCAAUGACACUAAGUCCUCCAAGAGGGAUGGUAAGCGCCAGUACAACGGCAUGAUCGAUUGCUACGUGAAGACAUUCAAGAGCGACGGUAUAUGGGGGUUGUACCGUGGGUUCGUGGUAUCUUGUGUGGGAAUCGUUGUAUAUCGAGGCUUCUACUUUGGUCUUUAUGAUUCACUCCAGCCAUUACUUCCCGUGAAUAAUUUCCUGGUUAACUUCAUGCUUGGGUGGCUGGUGACGGUGGUAGCUGGCCUUUUGUCAUACCCCCUGGACACAGUGCGACGUCGCAUGAUGAUGACAUCUGGGACUGGGCAGAAUUAUAAGAGCUCGUUUCAUUGUAUGAUUAAAAUAAUAAGGAACGAAGGUGCCGUCUCGCUAAUGCGUGGCGCAGGCGCAAAUAUUCUACGUGGUAUUGCUGGUGCACUGGUGUUAUCUGGUGUGGACGAAAUCAAGCCAUAUUAUAAACUCAUGCGCUUAAAGGCAUCUCAAGAAUGA